AUGGGGCGGAGGCGGGCGCUGGUCAGCGCGCUCAGCCUGUGCCUCAGCCUAUGCGCCCUGGGGCUGCUGCUCACCGCCCUCCUCACCGACCACUGGUACGAGACCGACCCCCGGCGGCACCGCGCCGGCUGCGAGCGCCGCGCCCGCCCCCCGCGCCCCGGCCAGCGCCCCCGCCUGCUGCCCCUGCCGCCCCUGCCCCUGCGCCGCCGCCUGCCCCGCCGCGCCGGGCCGCCCCCCGCCGGCCCGGAGCCCGCUCGCUGGCCCGCGCUGCCGGGGCUGGGCGUGCUGCAGUCCGGCUGCGCCCGCCCGCUCUUCGCCACCUACGCCGGCCUGUGGAGGAAAUGCUACUAUCUGGGCAUCGACCCGGACCUGGACAGCCUGGUGGAGAGAGGUAUUGUUCAGAGAUGCACAGCUAUCAAAUACCACUUCUCCCAGCCAAUGCGCUUACGAAAUAUUCCAUUCAACUUAACCAAGACCGUCCAGCAAGAUGAGUGGCAUCUGCUUCAUUUAAGAAGAAUCACGGCUGGUUUUCUGGGCAUGGCAGCUGCUGUUCUUCUCUGUGGAUGCAUCGUAGCGGCAGUCAGUUUCUUUUGGGAGGAAAGCCUCACACAGCACGUGGCAGGCCUUCUAUUCCUUAUGACAGGAAUAUUUUGCACUAUUUCUCUGUGCACUUAUGCAGCAAGCAUAUCAUAUGAUCUAAACCGCCUACCAACAUUCAUAUAUAGUCUUCCUGAUAAUGUGGAACAUGGAUACAGCUGGUCUAUAUUUUGUGCUUGGUGCAGUUUAGGAUUUAUAGUAGCAGCAGGAUGUCUUUGUGCUGCUUAUCCGUUUGUUAGCAGGACCAAGAUUAUUCAUCUAAAGUCUUCCAGAAACUCUUCUGUAUGA